AUGGUGUUAUCCCCCACGGCUGAACUCGCUAUCGAGGACUACGGUGCCGUACGAGGUUUCGUCUGGAUUCUAACACGGGAGUUACGAAUAUAUAUUUGCUACAAUUCGAGAAAUGAUUCUGAUGUAAACUAUGCCGCGUUUCUCACUGACAUCGAGACUUCAGUGAGAUCAGCCAACCCACAUACUCAACUUAUCAUAGGGGGCGACUUGAACGCCUGGUCUCAGGAGUGGGGCUUGGCUUCAAAUGGCUACAAAAGGGACCAGCUCGCUUAUUGGGCGUCUAGCCUGGACUUUCUUAUUGGCAACUCUGGGCAGGCUCCCAUUAAUCAGAGAGUUAAUGUGGGUUCGGUCAUAGAUGUCACCUUCUAUCGAAUCUAUCCACCUAUUACACUUUGUGGUUGAAAGGUCUUGGAGGAUGUUGAAUCGGCUAAUGACCAUUCCUACAUUGAGUAUCAUGUUUCGUCCGCGGCUGAUGAAAAUUCUCGGCGUCUUGUUCGAGGCUGA